AAGAGGCACUCGAAUAUCUCAGCAGUGUAUUAUAUUCUAUGAUGCAUAAUGUAUAGAAUACAUAUGUACACCACCAUAUAUUAAAUUGCAGUAGUGUGUCGAGGCGUAGAACACUUAUAUAGUUGAUAAUAGCAAGUUCAAGUUCACAUUUUAUAAAUCAAAAUUUGGAAUUAACUGCUAUCGUAGUAUCGUUAUUAGCGAAGCCAUGUCUCAAGCAAUUUACGUAAGUACUGCGGUUGGGGUUGGCGUUGUUGGCGGAUUAUUUCUAUCAUAUCAUAUGUUUAAAAAGGUACAAAAUAAAACUAAAAUUCCCGAGCAAUGGAUCCCAGUGGGGACCUUAAAAAACUUAUUGGUGUAUCCUAUAAAGUCUUGUGCGCCGAUCCUACUGAACACAGCAGAAUGCACUUCAUUGGGUUUGAAGGAUAAUUGGCUGAGGGACAGGUUCCUAAUGGUAACUGAUUCAAAUUAUCAUUUUCUAACGGCAAGAAAACAUCCGAAUCUUCUUCUUGUGUAUUCAUCGUUUGAGAAAUUUAUUUUAACUUUGAAACACAAAGAUAUGGAACCACUUAGAAUUAACUUGGAUGAGGUUAUUGAAUUGCAAAAGCCCCAAAGUGGUGAUGUUUGGGGUACCAAAGUCCCUAUUUAUGACUGCGGUUGGGCUGCAAGCGAUUGGUUUUCAAGAUUGCUCGGUUCCACAGAAAACCCCAUGAAACUUGUUUUAUACGCUUCGAAAAAAAGUCGCAAACUAGCUCAAAGUAAUUUACACAAUAUUUACAACUUUGGCAGUGAAGAUACGGGCGUCUUCACCGAUGAUACAACAUACAACUUAAUUAAUGAAGCGUCGGUAAACGACGUUAAGCAAAAAGCCCCAAACAGCGACAUAUCUAUUCGCAAUUUUAGACCCAACUUCGUGUUGACUGGAGCUAAGCCGUUUGAGGAAGAUAAUUGGAGAUUUGUUAAAAUUGGCAGUGUUGUUUUCGAAAUAAUUAUGCCUUGUUUCAGAUGUGUGCUUACAACAAUUAAUCCGGAAACAGGUGUGCCUGAUACUAACUCAGAGCCAUUGGAAACUUUGAGAAGCUAUCGCCUUCACGAAGAUCCGCAAAUCCGCAAAUCAAUUGGUAAUUCACCUCGAAUGGGCGUGCAAAUGGCCCUUCGAUCACCACCUGGUGGAACCGUUAAUAUAAACGAUACCAUUUACAUUGCUUAGGUGACACUUUCGAACUCAAGUCUCUCGGAAUCCUAUAGUGAUUGCAUGAAAUUUUAAUUUUAUUAUGCGUUGAAUAAUUUUUUGUUACUUUGUACUUUAUUCAAUUAAAUAUGUACAUGUAUA